UCAGACAGAAAUCAGAGAAGAAGAAACAACUCAGACAAAAUGGCGGUGGGACAAAGCUAAGUGCUGUGCUAAUGUAAACAUUCACUAACUGUAGACUGCAGCUGGAGCGACGACAAGGUUACCCGAUAGCUUUUUGACAUCGCGAAUGAGAGUGUAUGUUGACACACAACUCGCGUAGCCAGCAUUGAGCAUGUUCAUUAACGCAACGUCACUUUAGCUAGUUAAGUGUUUACCGUAGCUAGCUUUGUAAUUAGCCUGGGUAAACAUUGGUAGCUAGCUGUAGAUUAGCUUGUUGAUUUCGCGUUUUUGAGCAUAAAACAAACUUUGCAGCGCGAACAUACUUCUAUAACGUUACGACAAUAAAAUACUAUUCCACAACGAGGAAGUUAUUGUUACUACGGGACACCGCUGUUUUGAGGGGAAAUUAUGUGUUAAAAUAACUUAAUUGCUCUGUCAGUUCAGUACAAUGAGAGUCAGCUGCUGGCUAUUAGCUAAAGUUAAUGCUAACAAAUACACAGGUCGAAGCCAGAUACAUUCACUUACACCAGAUCUAUUGCCCCCCCCCCCCCCAAAAAAAAAAUCUAAUUUUGGACUGUGCUAACUUACAAGAAAGAACUGUAGCGUUAUGCCAAAUUAGCUGGACGUGUGAUGAUAUGGACUUGAGCUCGGCUACGAAUCAAAGCCGUAGAAAGGUUUUAGCAAUCUUGAAUGGAUUACUGAGAAUGGGGACUGUCUUUUAUUUGCACACGAAAAUGCACCGUUUUGGUUGCAGGUCGUACUCACUGCUUUCGUUGUUUAAGUUUUCUGUCUUGUGGUCUCUCCAGCAGUCUCUUUGGUGAAGGAUGAUGAGCCAGCGGCGUGGGAUUCAUCUGGACCAAUCAGAGCUGCUUUGCAAGAAAGGAUGUGGUUUUUAUGGCAACACUGGUUGGCAGGGCCUGUGCUCAAAGUGCUGGCGAGAGGAAAAUCAGCGAGAAAAGCAAAAACAGAUUCAAGAAGAUUGGGCACUUGCUGAGAGGCUGCAGAGAGAGGAAGAGGAAGCUUAUGCAAGCAGACAUCAGAAGGCCCAGUCACAACCUAUCACACCCUUCAGCAAGUUCGAGGAAAGAAAAACCAAGGAAAAGUACAGCAAAGUCAACACAGUCACAAAGUUUUUUACUCCUUCCUCAAAAACACCACCCAAAAAAGAUGCUGCUCCUUUUGACACGCAGUCCAGCCCGAGCCCCAGCUCCUCUACAACCCGACAUUCCUCUGUGGACAGUGACCAGGCAACACGAGAGUUCAUUGACUUUCUCAAGCCUCUGAAGCCUGGCAGGGAGAUCUUCAAACAGUGCCGGGCCUUCACUGAGAGCAUGGUCUACAAGCGGGACAUGGGUGCAGAUGAGCUGUCAGAGUGUGUGCAGGACUUCUACCAGAACCUCUCAGAACGCCUCCAGACCCAGUUCAGAGGUUCGUCAGACCAUGUAGAGAGCAUUAUGGAUGAAGUUGAGAAGUACAUGAUGACUCGUCUCUACAAGGAGGUUUUCUGUCCUGAGACCACAGACGAUGAGAAGAAAGACCUGGCCAUUCAGAAGAGAAUUAGAUCCUUGCAUUGGGUCACGAUUGAGAUGCUGUGUGUUCCUGUAGAUGAGGAGAUCCCUGUGGUGUCUGAUAGUGUAGUCAAAGCCAUCACCGAUGUGAUUGAAAUGGAUUCGAAGCGCGUGCCCAAGGACAAGCUGGGGUGCAUCACUCGCUGCAGCAAGCACAUCUUCAACGCUAUCAAAGUCAGCAAGAAAGAGGCUGCGUCUGCGGAUGACUUCCUCCCCACGCUCAUCUACAUUGUGCUAAAAGCAAACCCUCCGCGACUGCAAUCUAACAUCCAGUAUAUCACCCGCUUCAGCAACCCCAGCAGACUCAUGACUGGAGAGGAUGGUUACUACUUCACUAAUCUGUGCUGUGCGGUGGCCUUCAUUGAGAAGCUGGAUGGCCAGUCUCUGAACCUAAGCUCUGAGGAGUUUGAGCUCUACAUGUCGGGCCAGGCAUCCCCUCACUGGCCACAGGCCACUGGGGCUUCCUCCUGCUCCUCAGGCAGCGCGGCUCUCAAUCAGGUCCACAAACGGCUGGACCUUCUUACAGGGCUCGGGGAAAGGCAGGAGAGGGUCAUGGAGAAGGCUCGCCAGCUGGAGAGCGACCUCAUCGACUGGACGGACGAAGUGGAACAAAAGGUGCAGAGCGUUCUGGAGAGCUUUCCACCAGAAACACAAAACACUCCUGCAACAGCCAGUGGGCCAACCUCUGCGGCUUCAUCAGCAAUUGACGCUGAUAACGUUGAGAAUGAGCUCCUGCCCCCACCACUGCAACCGCAAGUGUUUGCUGGUUGAUGUGAAGUGCUCUGCUCUAAAUAAAAUUUCCUUAGAGGCUUUAUUCCACCCUCCCCCUUUUCCCUGCUGUCUGUAUGCACAUAAAAAAGACAUCCAAUAUGGAUCCCAUUUCAGCUCCAGACAUCUCUAUUCCAUCCAUCCAUUGUCCUAGAGAACCUGGAACUACACUAUACAGAUUUAUUAAAUUAAAGGAAUAGUUUAGCAUUUUAGGAAACACUUUUUUCGCUUUCUUGCAAUGUUAGAUGAGAAAAUUAAAACCACUCUCGUGUCAUGGUGAAUAUGAAGCUACAGCCGGUUAGCUUUUCUUUAGCAUAAAGGUUCAAAACGGGGAAACCGCUAUCCUGGCUCAGUCCACAAAAAUCCACCCAUCACACCUCUAUAGCACAGAAAUUAACACAUUAUAUGUUGUCUGUUUAGUUCAUACAAAACAUAUCUAGUUCGUUCAAAGGUGACUUGUUGCUUUGUGAGCUUUAAGGGUGCUAGUGGCUUCGAGUCUGUGCUAGGCUAAGCUAAGGUAACAGUCUCUGGGCUUCAGCUUCGUAAUAACGGAGAGAUGCGUGAGUGGUAUCGAUCUUGUCAUCAAACUCAGCAAGAAAGUGAAUAAGCAUUUCCCAAAAUGUCCCAGAGAGAGUCCCAGAGGCAAAGUAUACUCCAUGCCUUUUGUUAUGGUUGAUCAGUCAAGGCUCCAACGUAGCACCUGUGGUAACACAUUCUGCAGUUUCAGGAUAAGCAGAUUUGUACUGACCCAGCCAUUUACUUGGUUUUCCCAGGAUAUUUGGGAAAUAUUCUCCCAUAUAACCCCCCUCACCCCACACCCCAGCCCCUGCUUCUGACUGGUGCUUCCCCCGAGUGAGAUGUGCAGGGAAACCUUCCACAGAGUGGCAUCCAGGAAGAAUCCUGACAAGAUGCCCAGCCCACCUCAACUGACUCAUUUUAAUGCAAAGGAGCAAACUGUCUCCACUCCGAGCUCUUCCUGAACACAUCUGCUGGUCACCCACAAUGGCGUCUUCAGUACCUCAGUACUUCUUGGUCCUUGUUGUUACAUUUGUGCAGGAUAAAUGUUUGGAUGUGAUUUUUAAAACAUGAUUUUUAAAAGAUAUUUCUGUCAUUAUUCACCACUUUUCAGACAAGGUUUUUGUUAUUUUGUUGUGAUGUCUCCAGGUGUAAAUUGAGAAGCGAAGGCUGCAAAGUGACACUCAGAACCUCACUGCCCAGGUCAUUUCUAAUAACAUAACAGGAAUAUUCAGCAAAAUAUGUGUUUGGCAGUGGAAAUUGAGAAAUGUGAAUAAUGCGAAACUUCCCCUUACUAAAAUAGCCCUCCAGGCCAUGCUCGUGAUUUGUGCUGUAUUUACUCUGUAUUUCCAUGUCCAGCGGAGAGAUAUCCGGAAAGAAAGAGAUGUGCGUGGGUGCGGCGGCUGUGCAUGCAGGAAAGUACGUGUGAAUGUAAGCGUUUUGCAUGGACAUUCUGUAAAUGUCGACAAAUCAUAAAGUCCUCCCGUUGUGUGUAUGGAUAUUGUAGUCUUGUUGUCAUGCCAAGCGUCUUACUCCAGUCAUAAGCUGGAUGUACAGAAGUGAUUUUAUUUUUCUAUAGAGUGGUGGGUAUCGAUUCUUUAAGAUGCAAUAGGAGACAUUAAUCCUGUAAUAUUUACAGUAGUAAAGAACAUUGCUUGAAGACAUGUUACAUGAAUUCUAAUUCAUUGAAUAGUAAAAUGUUCAUCUAUUCAUUUAAUUUCUCAAAAGGGUGUCAUAGGCAUGCCCCAUAAAAAUAAAGGUUUUUGUUUUUUGUAGGUUAGAAGACAAGGAUGUUUCCCCGUGAACACACUCCUAAUACUGGUUGCUUUACUCGCACAGAAGAAUCGACAUAACAUAACUGAUUGAAUUUACUUUAAAGCACUUUUCCUCUGUUUGAUUUUAAAGCUCUUAAUUCAGAAAUACAUUAAUGAAGGAAGUAAUGGCUACAGUCAGUUGAAAGGAUAAUUGGUGACUAACAGUGUAGAUGUAUUUCAACUGUGUCUGUUUGGCAGUCAUGUAGUGGAAGGAAAUGUUUUUGGAGAGUUGUAUGUUUGCUUCCCUUUGCUACGAUUUCCUUAUGUUGCUAUAUUUAAAUGUGCAGUUGCUGUCUAAUUUCAGUUUGAGAAAAGACUUAAAGACUUAAACAAUAGCUUGAAUAACUUCGUAUUGCACUGUAUGCAGAAGCCAUUUAUCAGGUAUUUUAAAGAAGUCUAAAACAUCUUUGUAACCUUAUAGGUUUGUUAUUGUAUCACUUGGGAGAAAGGAACUAAAUACUGUCUUUUAUUUAAAUGUAACUUAUUGUGGGCAGUAUUGGUUUAUUUGUAUCUAUGGGUGUAUGUGAAAAUGCAAUCGUGUGCAAGUUCCUAUCCAUCCUGUUGUUUCACAUGACUGUCAUGAAUUUGCAAGCUAGGAUAAAGUAAAGAGUUUGACCCACUGAGAAUUUAACUAUUUAUAUAGCUCUGUAUCAUAGUGGAGAAAUGAAAAGGAUGGUAAUAAAAGUAAAAGAAAUAAAAGUUUUUUUCUGGAGAUUGA